AUGGAAGAUACCCGCGAAUCUCACUUCGCAAGCAAGGCCUCCAGUGCACCGCAGAGGCCCUUUGUGACUAGCCCCAAGUUGACGCUUAAGACCAGUGGGCUAUCGGCGCCUACGAAUGCCCGACUUGCCCGGCUAAUGUCGCCUCUGUCUGCAUGCACAACCUCGUCGUGUUCGGAUACGGAGUGGCAGCAACAGAUGCAGGGAUUCGACGACCUCUACGAUGCCACCGACGACGACAACUCGGCUGAUGACGAAACCGAAAUCAGUGAUACGUGCUUUUCCGCGCCGGGGACCAGGCCUGGGAGCUUGGUGACACCGAUCACAAGGAAUUCGGUCACUUCAACGAGCAGUCGCGGUAGUCGCAAGCGCUUGCUGACUCUGGAAAUCCCCUCACCUACGAUAUGGCCAUCCAUCAAUGGAACCCACAAGAGUUCGCCCAUUCCUCCGACUCCCCCGCCCAAGAUUCCUGUUUCCCCUUUGGCGCUCUCGAUGCUUGCUCGCUCGGUACCUGCUUCCCAUGCUCCGCCCUCGCUCGAUGGAAGUAUAUCCUCCGAUCAGGAGUCUAAUCUCAGCGCCUUCACUCCCGACACACAUUCCCUUCCUGAUACCAAUUGGGACAUGCCAAAUAUUCAUGUGCGGCCUGAUCUGGAUGGAAGUCAAGAUGGAGAUCUAAGGAAUGAAGACGGCAGUCAUGAUCUUCAGGAGGUACCGAUUGCAAUUGAGAGCUCACAGGAUGAUUGGCGCCAUGUUCUUGGUCGAUUUCCUCAAAUUCCCAACACUCUUCAGGACCUGGAAGAGGUUUCUCGGGAACCGACCCCGUCAGAUCAGGGCAUUCACCUGCCCGAUGGUGCACUGGCAAUGUUACAUCAUAUUCCUCUCAACGGUACUCCGGAGGCAUGGUCUGAAACAUCGGAAGGAAAUGAUGAGAUGUGGCAGCUCCAAGCACCUUCGAGCCGCCCUCGCAGCGCAGAUGGUGUCACUCCAGCAUCAGAACUGUCCGGCUACAGCUUCAGUGAGCUGAGUAUUCCAUCGCCUGGUGGCUUUUUCGCUUCGCUCGCCCCUCGUGCUCGCCACACAUGGUCAAUUCCAAACCACAACCAGCCUCCAUCAUCAGCCGUUGCCGAGGGCUUCUACAAUCUGCCAUGGCGGCGGGAGGAAGGAGAAGUUGUUGAGCAGGUAAUUGAGUGGCCUGAACGUCCUAAAGAAGAUCCCAUCACUGCUGUUCGGGAUGAUCAUGGUCCUCCAACUGCCAUUCGUCUUCCAUGUGACACGCCCACUCGCCCAGUCGCUCAUCAAGACAGCCCCAUGAGUGCCACCUUUGAGGCAGUUCAAGAGAUCACGGAGACUGGGAAUGUGUACGAGUAUGAUGAGACGUACGACCAUGAGCUCCAGGAGCGUGCUGCUGCCAGCCUUGAUCGAACCAGUGUUUGGCUCAAUGCUCAAGCAUCAUACCUUUCUGCCCUCAGUGAGACCAAUCCCGUCAACGAGCUUGAUUCCAACAAGGACUUCACGAGUAUUGUCCUCGAUGAAUCUGUUGAACAGCAAGACAUCGGUGCUAAGAAGGCUGUCCGAUUUGUUGAAGGCGUCCCGGAGGCUAUAAGCCCUAAGCCACCCGUUCUUGCUAGCAAGGAUUCAAUUUACUGGCGAGGCUUCCAGUCCCUUCGGCAACGAUCUGAGAAGGGGGAUGGCUUCCUGCACCGGAAUAUGCGCUUCGAUGCAAUCCAAUCAUUCCGACUGGGUUUGGUUGAUAUGCACAUUAACUGCCUGAUGGGCAAAUAUGAGCUCACUAGCCCAGUGCGGCCCGCAUACAAGGGGCCAUUCUCUCAAUCACCGCGCAAGUCAAUCAUUACCUCCGUCCUUGCUGAGAAAGCACAGUUCUCCAAACUUGAGAAGGAACAGCUCGUUCUCGCCCAACUUUGUCAACCUAUGUGGGCCAUGGAUGCUCUGCGAUGUUUGAACGGUGGAAAGCUGCUCACCAGUCCUGCCCGAAUGCAACUUGCGCGCACCAGGACACCUCUCCGUCCGGAAGAGCCACGACGCCGUACGGUCAGGAUCUUGGACCUGAGUGGUCAUGCUUCGUGCGAGUGGGCCUGGCAAGCCGCACUUGAGUUCCCAAAUGCCACUGUUUACUCGGUUGUCACCAAGAACCGGACAAUGAACAGUGGUAUCAAGGGACCGCCCAACCACCGCGUGGUUUCCGUUGCAAAUCUGUGGGAGUUGCCUUUCGGUAAUUGCAAGUUCGAUGUGAUCAGCACACGCUCCAUGCAUGCUCUGUUGAAGACAGAAGCACCUGCUGGAUGUGAUCGGGAUGAAUAUGACUUGGUUUUAAAGGAAUGUCUCCGCUGCCUUCGACCGGGCGGCUUCCUUGAGUACAUGGUCCUCGAUGCUGAGGUUUCUCGUGCUGGUUCAUAUGCCUCAGCCUUAUCGGUUGAGUUUGCUUUCAACCUGCGUACGCGCGGCUACGACGCCAGUGCCUCGAAGGGCUUCCUCUCUCGUCUACGAAAAAGCGGAUACGUCGGCAUCAAGCGUGCCUGGAUGUUCCUGCCCAUGGGCAUGGAGCCCAGCGAGCCGCAGCCGCCGCGAGAGACACCUGCUCCUCGUGUACCAAGUCAAAUUGAAGAGUACGAAGCUGUGCAAGGCCCUAUUGGCAGCACGGGUGAUAUCGCCAGUAUGACUGGUCUGCUUGGUGGAUGGAUGUGGGAGCAGUGGCUUGUCCAGUUCCGUUUGGAGAUGGGUCGUGAGAGAGCCAAGUUGCUUGAGGGUCUCGGAGCAUUGUUUGACGAGGGGCGGAAAAACGGAGCAGGCUGGACCUGCUUAUCCGGGUGGGCGAUGAAGCCGAAGCGCACCAAGACUGUCCAGCCCAAUGGGUUAGGUAUGAUCUGA